AUGACUGUGGUUCAGAUUCUCGACGGUGGCCUCGGGACCUCUCUUCAAGACAAAUAUGGCGUGGUUUUCGAUAAGUCAACUCCAAUGUGGGCAUCUCAUUUGCUCGUGACCGAUCCGACAACUCUCCUAGCCUGCCAACGAGAUUUUGUAGAUGUUGGUAUCGACGUGCUUCUUACUGCCACAUAUCAGAUCUCUGCUGAAGGAUUCGGACGAACAAAGACGGCUCGGUUUCCUGAUGGCAUUCCUCGCCAAGCAGUCAGUCCGUUCUUGAAAGCUGCCCUAGACGUGGCUGAGCAAGCAGUGGGAGCAAGACGUACCAAAAUUGCUCUUAGCCUGGGUCCCUAUGGAGCCACCAUGAGUCCCGGACAAGAGUAUAGCGGUCAAUAUGAUGCUGAACAUGACAAUGAGAAUGCUUUGUAUAACUGGCAUGUAGAUCGACUGCAGCUUUUCCUCGAGGCAGAUCACCAGCUUUCCGGGCGUGUGGCCUACAUUGCCUUCGAGACACUACCCCGAAUUGAUGAAAUACGUGCAGUCAGAAAGGCAGUUCAUGCUGUAGGCCUCACUAGCAUACCAUUCUGGAUAUCGUGUGUCUUCCCAGGCAAGGGGAAAGCUCUACCCGACGGAAGCUCAAUCGAAGAAAUCACCGCGGCAGCCAUUGCACCUAUGAGAGACGGUGCAAGCCCAUGGGGUAUUGGUAUAAAUUGCACCAAGAUUCACAAACUAGCGGGCCUCAUUGAUUCCUUUGGAGAUUCUGUGACGAAGAUGAUUGCUACAGGUCAAAUCCAGGCUGCUCCGACACUCGUAUUGUAUCCUGACGGCACGAAUGGAGAAAUCUACAAUACAUUGACACAAAAGUGGGAGAAACCAGAUGGACUGGCUGCAGGGUAUGAAAGGGAUAUGAUUCCCUGGGAAAUUCAAUUCUCUAGGGUACUGGACGAAGCUCGUACAAAGUGUCAUUUUCAGUCUUUCCUUGUUGGAGGGUGCUGCAAGGCUACUAGUGACGAUAUUGAAAGGCUUGCGCGUCAGGUUUUACACAAUGUAUGA